AUGGUUUUAUCGGGGCGGCGCGGCUCGGCGGCGUCCGCAGACGACGAGCGACCGCGCGCGCCCAACCUCGUGAACAGACAGCCCGCGCUGCCAUUCGUGCCGCCGGCGUUCCCCCACAACGCGCCCGACCGCCUCAUUAAACCCUCGGAGUACCUGCGCACCAUCACGGCGCCCUGCAAGCGGGACGAGGGCGCGGCGGAGGCCCGGCCGCCGCCGCCGCCGCCCGCCCCCCCCCCGAGGGCAUACCGCCGCCCCCGCCCCAGCCGCCCACAACCAUGCACCAGCCGCUCGCCGCCAUCAGCAGCGCCGAGCUCUCCGCCCCUCCAGUGCCUGCCCAGCGCGGCGGACUUCAAGAGCGCGAAGACGGACCUCAUCGAGGAGCUCAAGAUGUCGAAGGACAUCACCGGAAUAAAGAAGCUGAAGGUGGAGCGCGCGAGACGCGAGAGCCUCCAGGACAAGGAGACCUUCACGGAGUUCACGAAGCGCUUCACCGCCGACAACUUCGUAGAUCAGGGAUGUCCGCAGGUUCCGGAGCGCGACGCGGCCGGGAACGUGAUCCCGGCGUGGAAGAGGCAGAUGCUAGCGCGCCGGGCGGCUGAGAAGGCGCGCCGGGAUUUGGAACGAGAACUGGCGGGAGAGGCUGAGAGGAGGCGCGCGGCCGCCGUGCCCGCGUGGAAACGGCAGCUGCUGCAGAGGAGGGAGGAAGCAGAGAACCGCUUGAGGCAAUCGCUGUACACACCGAAGGUGGAGGACGGCGGGGCGAGCAGCGAAUGGCGCUCGUACCCGAGCGGCGCCACUCGCGCGGUGUCCAUAGACAACAUAUCACUGUGUUACGACACGCCCGUCCAGCACUCGCGCGCCCCCUCAGAGGUCAAGCUGGCCUCGGAACACUGCAACGGUCACUCCACAACGAACGGCAAGCACGUCGACGAAGAGGAAGAAAGCGCAAAGAUCAUUCCGUGGCGGGCGCAGCUCCGCAAAACUAACAGCAAGCUCAAUCUACUCGAA